UCCGGAAAGAAGAACGUACAUUCCGACUAUAUCCAUAUUGCCUGGUUAAUAGUGGCUUCUGGUAUCCGCACUUUUAACUUUUGUUCCCAGAUCUUCCUUACUGAUGUUAAAUCUUGUUACCCAUUUUCAUUUUGAUGUACCGAUAUUACUUAACUGUCUUCCAGUUCAUUUCACACCAGGGUUGCCACAUGCGAGGGUUUGUUUAUAUUUUAAGUUAACGCAUUGUGAUCUUCAGCUUGGAGCAGUCUCCAAACCCUUAACUUGUUAAAUAUUCUUAUCUCUGAAGUAACUUAAUUUUUACCAAAAGCCAAGACUAGGCAACUCCAAUGUUUUAAGGCUUUUAUUGCACCUUUAAAUAAAACCACAUAUUAGAUGUUCAGUAUUUUGUUACAAGCGACCUUCUGGGUAGCUAAUACCAAGUGUUUUUUCCCGAUACAAACAUACACGCAUUACUCAUCUAAACUUCUGGUCACUUGUAUUCCUUGGGAGCAUGGCUGACGCAGAAGACUCUCUCCUGCCUGCUCGUCCAAACUCCAAGUAUGUCUUCAACACUCUUGGAAUGGCAUGGAUACUAGGCGGAAAACCUCAUGGAACAAAAUACACAAAACAGGACUUUCACCCAAUAAAUCUUCUUAGCACACCAGUAAAAAUACGGGCAUGCGCGGCCUGCCCGAAAGUCCCGCGUCCGUAAUUUUAUGGAUGCGUGCUCUCGUUCUUUCCCUUCCUUCCUUUGUGUGUUCUUACAGCUCCAGCUUGGCUGGGAGGUGCUGCAUGGACUGUAGUUCGCGUAUUGGUCACUAGAUGGUGCGGGCAUGCUGUGGAAGGGUGUGCUUCCCUUUUUAUUUGUCGGGUUUUGUGAGUGGCGAUUUUUUCCCGCGCAGUCUCAGUAGCGUCGACAUGGCGAAGCGUGGCUUGACGGACGAAGUUGCUGCUUGCAAGUUAUAUCAUGAUUUAGAAGAAAGUGACGUUGAUUUGUCAGAGGAAGAUGUUGUAGAUGACUCUGAUGAUGAUGUGGACUAUGUUCAAGAAGAAGUUUCUGGCAGUUCAGAUUCAGAAGAGGAGAGCAGGUGUCCAAGCACUUCAGCAGCAAGUAAUCCCGUCGAUAUUGUGCCUGUGGAACUAGCGAGACUGAUGGCGAGGGGGAAGCCGAGACCUGCGUGCCGCACCGAUUCUGAGGAAGGUUGGACGACUACUGAUCGUGCACCAGAUAUCGAUCUAUAAUAAUAACGCUUGUCAAAAGUAUGUAUGAAUUCGAGAAAGGUAUUAUAUGUGGUUUUAAACAAGAAAGUCUAGGUUUUUCAA